UUUAAAUGGAUUUAUAUUAUUUUAUACUAUGCCGGUUGUCUAUGUUUUCAACCUGCCCGGAGCGCUCUUCAAUUAACGAGAUUCAACAUUGCCUACACACAUUUCAUAAGGAUAGUUAUAUUAUUGGGUUUUAUAUGGAGUGUGACAAUGAAAAUUUCAAGCAAUGAAGGUUCUAAAGCCAUGAUCGGCCAUCUAUCUCCAGUUCUAAAAUUUGUACUCAUCAUGGAGUGUUUCAUCAGCGCCAUUGCCUUCACAGUAUCCAGUGCAACGAUGGAAAGGAAGAAAUAUAAGCAUCUGCAGCUAACGAAAAGUUUCCAAGACCUGGAUAACCGAAUGGAGAACGAUUUUCCAAAUAUUAACUGGAACUACUACAAGACAGAGCGAAAGUUUACGACGUUUACAAUUUGUGUUAUCGUUUACUUCUAUAUGAUUGCGUUUAUUUAUGUAUACAAAUUAUCAAACUGCAGUUGUGACUAUGCGACAACAUUUGUGCUUGCUUUUAGCCAUGCGACCUGUACAGCGGCUCCAAGUUGUAUAAUUUUUUUGAAUAUAGGAAUGAUGGAUCUACAACGCAUCCGUUAUCGCCUUAUACAACGUCUACUGAAACAACAGUACACGUCUGGAGGUGAUGUUAGAAGACAGGCUGAAUUUCAAUUUCGACUUGCGCGCCUAAUUGACUAUUGCAAAAGCUAUAUUCAGCUAAUUCUACAAAUUAACGAUGUGUUUGGCGUUGUAGGUGGUAUCGAUUUGUUUCAUGAUUUCGUUGUUUUAACAAAUCUUACGUUUCUAAUGUGCCAAAAAGCAACGGAACCAAAUACACGCUUGAAAGAAUAUGUAUUUAUAUUUCUUUUUAUGCUGCCGCGAAUUUAUAAGGUAACAAUCUAUGCAGUAUAUGGAUACGUGACAAAUAAAGAACAAACAAAAUGCAUUCAUGAAGUUAAAAUGUGCGAAAAUUAUUUUAGAGGAUCCAAGGCAAUUAAAAAUAAUUUAGACACAUUCAUUCAUUGGCAAAUGCAAAAUACUUACUCACUAUUGGUUGGAAAGGCGACGUUUUGCAAUCUUACAAUAUUGUAUUUGAUCGUUAAAAGUAUUCUCAGCAGCGUUCUUAUUUUAAUACAGUUGCAGUUGCAGCAGAAUAGCAUUACCAAUCGUAUGAAGAAUCACGGCAUGAUAAAAGAUGUUGAGUUCAUUUAUGGCAAAUCGUAG